UCCAUAGCUGGAGAAAUGGUGGCCUCACUUUACAGUUGCUCUUGCACAUGCUCCUUGCUUCUUCACCAAAAAUUUCCUAGUAAGAGCUAUAAUGCAAGGAAAUCAUUUUCAAUAAAUAAUAAUAGUAAAUCAGAAGCAAGCAAGCUUAUUAUGAGAAGUGUGAACAUGGAUGUUGACGUUGAAGUUGGGGAAAAGCUGUAUCUCGGAAUGGACUUCGGCACAUCUGGUGCUCGGUAUGCUCUGAUCAACAAGGAAGGCGAGAUACAUGCCGAGGGGAAGAGAGAGUACCCCUUGUCUAUGAGUGAGGAAAGAGUAGAUUGGGUGAAAUCAUGGAGAGCAACACUAUACAGUCUGUUGGAGGAUAUCCCAGUUAGCCUUCGGCCAUUUGUUGCUUCGAUUUCAAUUGAUGGCACUUCUGCAACGACGAUGAUUGUUGAUAGAGAAACAGGUGAAUCGUUGUGUAGACCGCUCCUGUACAACGAGAGUUGUCCAGAAGCUUUGGCGACUGUGAAGGAAGUGGCUCCUCUGAAUCACACGGUUUGCUCUGGCUCUUCCACGCUGUGCAAGCUCGUCUCAUGGUGGCAUGCUGCUGAGACGCGUCCAAGUUCUGCAGUGCUGGUGCACCAAGCGGACUGGUUGUUGUCGCUUCUCCACGGAACGAUUGGAGUCUCUGAUUACAACAAUGCUUUGAAAGUUGGUUAUGAUCCUGAAGUCGAGUCGUAUCCUCGUUGGUUGCUGGCUCAGCCGUAUUCUAGCGUUCUGCCUCUUGUACAAGCUCCCGGAACCACAAUUGGCUAUAUGAAAGAGAAUAUCAGAACAUGUUAUGGUUUCGGAAAGGAUUGUGUAAUCUGCACAGGGACGACGGAUAGUAUCGCGGCCUUCCUUGCAGCACGUGCCGAUCGACCUGGAAAAGCUGUCACAUCUUUGGGUUCGACUCUCGCAAUCAAACUACUAAGCACUACGCGAGUGGAAGAUGCGCGUUUUGGGGUAUAUAGCCAUAGGCUUGACGAUAAAUGGCUAGUUGGAGGAGCUUCAAACACGGGAGGAGCUGUUCUAAGGAAAAUUUUCACAGACGAACAACUACGAGAGCUAAGCAAGAGGAUAAAUCCCGCACAAGCCUCUCCUUUGGACUAUUAUCCCCUCGUAGAUAUCGGGGAGAGGUUUCCUAGUGCUGACCCGAAUAUGGAGCCGAGGUUGCAACCUCGCCCAGAAAAUGAUGCCGACUACCUACACGGUAUACUGGAGUCCAUAGCGCGCAUUGAGGCAAAGGGUUACACCUUGUUGAAGGAAUUGGGAGCCACUCCUGCUGAUGAGGUCUUCACUGCGGGCGGUGGUUCGAGAAACCAGAAAUGGAUCGCUAUCCGACAGCGCGUUUUGGGCCUGCCUGUGAGUCAGGCACUGCACACGGAAGCUGCUUAUGGAGCUGCAUUGCUAGCCAUCAAGGGUGCUGCUGCCCACCUAUAAUUACAUGCUUAUUUAUCUAUACAUAUAUAAACCACAGUAUUUUGGCCCCCAAACUUAACCAAAUUUUGUCCGAUAUCAAAGUCUCAUACUACAACUUCAAAUGAUUAUGUAAUUAUAAGAAGGCAUGUUCUUUAUGGUCAAUUAUUUAAGAAAUUAUUAAUCA